UGACCUUCAGGAGGGAAGGGACGAAAAUGGCGACCAACCCGGCCUCGUACCUGUCUCACGCACAGCGGGUUUGUCGUCUGUACAAGCGCGCCUCCAGACAUUUAGAGUCUUGGUGUGUUAUGAGGGAUAAGUUCCGUUAUGAGGCGACACUGCUGCGAGCUCGGUUUGAUGAACACAAGGAUGAGGUGGACAUGGUGAAGGCAGUCAAACUGCUGAAGGCAGGGGAGGAGGAGUUCUUACAGAGACAGCAUCCACAGCCAUACAUCUUCCCAGACUCACCAGGCGGUACCACAUACGAGCGAUACCAGGCGUACCAACAUCCUGACUGGCUUCUGGACCACUGGCACCCAUCUGAGCGCGCUCGGUACCCGGAGUACUUCAAGAAACGUGAACAACGUCUAAAGCUGGUCAAGGAGGCCUGGGAGAAAGAACAGAGAGAGAAGCAAGACAAGAAAUAUACUGAUGACUUGGCAAACAUCAAGUGAUUAGAAGAUGUCUUUAGGUUGUUUGCAGGGCUGUCUUUCUAAGUCUUGAGAUCAUAUCGCAGCUCUUUUACUGUGUAAACAGUGUCUUAUAGAGUAAAUAUAUCCAGUUUCUGAAUAUCUUGACAGCAGGCAUUCUUUCUAAUGGUAUUGUUCUCACUGUACACUUGCUGUGCUUCAAAAUAAAUCUGGAAUAGAGUGGACUGUGUCCUGUAAGUUUGCUCUUUACCUAUGUGGAUAGAAUACAAGUUGAAAACCCAACACAAAAUAAAGUAAGAUGUACUUGACUGAAU